AUGGUAUUACGUGAUGGGUUGAAAUCAUAUUUCAUCGAAAAUAUUAUGACCAUUAUGAAAAACAACCCAUUAUUAGUUUUAGAAUUUAUUAAGAAAUUUAUUUUGUAUGACGAUUUGAAAGAAGUAUUGUUAAAAGCUUUGUGUUUGAAUCCAGCGUUAUUAUUUAAUUUCGAUAACAAAGAAAUUCCUGAAAAUAUUCUCCAUGAAUUAAUAUCGAGGUCAGAGUUAUGUCUGGAAGAAAACUUGUUAUUAAGUAGAAUUAUUCAAUGGUUGUUGGAUACAAACGGGUUUCCGGAUAAGGUAUAUUUAAUGGAAUAUAUAAGAUUUAACCAGAUAACUUCUGACGAAAUUAAUGAUAUAAUAGGUAAAUAUAAGAAAAGAAGAAAUAUAAAUAAUGAAAUACUUUCUGAGGUGCAAGAAUGUUACGAAAAAUUCAAAAACAAUAACUAUGAUGUCCGAGAUGGCAAUUUUUGCCUCAGAUCUGAAAUUAUAGAUUUAGACACAGCUAAAAAAUUAAUCACAUGGAUAAGCAGAAAAGAAUAUAAUAAGUGUUGGUACAAGUUUGAGCUUUUAUUUAAUACGAAGCAUGAUG